AUGCGGUCCUUCUUCUCAAUGUCCAGCUUGAUGUUGGUGAUCUGUCUCGUUCUCUCCUUCCUUUAUCCUACAGCAACUCAUCCCCACGGGGUCAAUAACUUCCACCUUCAUCUCGCAGGCCGAGACAGUCCAACGCAGACAACCAAAUAUCCUAUCUCAGCCAAAGCUAGAAUCAGCUCCGCCUAUGCAAAUUCGGCCACUCUCUGUUCUGGCGCUCAUUGCACUGUUGCCACGCCUCUCCCUGGGCGCCUACCAUGCAACGCUGUAAACGGCACGACUUUUCUCGGCGCUACUCCCAAUGGCACAAAGUACACGCUGAUCUGCGAUAUUGAUUUCCCUGCUCAGAAUAUCUACCCCUUCGUUCUAGCCGGCUCCUUCGACGCGUGUUUGGCACAGUGCGACGGCUACAAUGCCAGGAAUGUUACUACUAAAGCUCGCUGUGCUGGCUUUGUCUUUGCACCAGACCGCAUCAACGACGCAGACGACUGCUACUUGAAGUCUUCCUUGGAUAACCCGGCCUCGGCAACAAUCCAUCUUGUCGGUGCCACAAUCAUUCCUUCUGCCUCCAGUUGCGCUUCGUCGACUCCGUCUCUCUCAUUUCCGACUCCUCGUUCUCAUCUCGAUAGCUCUACACCUUCACUUCGUGUGGGAGAGCUCAAAAUGCUUGGGAGCUCCACAAACAAGCCUACAACACAGUACGUGAGCCAUGUGCCUGCGAGCCCGCAGAAGCUUGCGAGCAACCUACUGGUCCCCGGCCUGAACACCGACCUCAUCACACAAUACCCAAUAGCAGAUGACACAGGGUCCUGGACCGAAAGCCAGUUGCAUGGUGGUGCGAAAUUGGCAAACAUGAAGGUCGUACCACACAUGUCUCGUGAUGGUGGAAAAGGAGGCACAAUCAAUGGAACUCAUCUUUUCAUCUUCUGUGAUACUGCCACCUUCCAGAUCGAUCAGACCGCUGGCACCAGCCAGAUGGUUGGGUUUGCGUCCAGUUCGGUGGCCACAGAUGACGGUAUGAAGGCGCUUUACGGUGAUCCACUUGACUUAGUGGACAAUCUUGGUGAAUGGCAAGAUGAUGUUGGCAGAAUGCGAGGGUUUGCGCCGAUGACGACUGGAGAAGAAUCCUUCAACAUUGAUCUUUCGGGGAAUGGCUAUCGAUAUGCAGUAUGGCCCGAGUCUUCCCUAAUCCCGCUCAAUGCAAGUCAUGCUCUGCUUUACCCAGCACUGGUGUAUGACGUCGUGGAUAUGAAAACACAAGCUGCAGUCUUCAACAACGUUGGCAACUCUAUCCUUCUAGUCUCUGUGGAUCCAACCUAUGGUCCGUCCGCCGAACGUGUCGUUCGACAGCUCUACAAUCAACAGCAGGUCGCAUUUGGUACUCUGGGCGGCAUCCGUUCUUGGGGUUCCUCUGGGACAGGAGCUAACGACGGCCACAUCUACCUCUUUGGGAAGGGCAACUAUGGUGUCCUCGUGGCGAGGACAAUUCCAAGUGGCUACACCGAUUUAUCGACGUAUGAAUAUUGGAACGGCAGUUCCUGGACCAAGGAUAUGUCCUCGUCGGACUCGAAGGCUGUCAUGCUCGACACCUUGGUCCAGGAUCUAGAUGUUAUCUAUGUUCCUGCCAUGCGAAGCUUCAUCAUGAUCUACCUCAACACUCUGGCUGACAAUACUUUCUAUUACCGCCAUCUGGACCUCGACUUGAAUGCGGAGGAUAAAGAUUUCGACGUUGACAAUAUUGUGAAAGCCAAGUGGUCUGAUGAGCAAGUCUUAGCUAAGAUCAAUGCUCCUGCCCAAGGUUAUGUUUACGCUGGCGGCGUACACGCAGGCUACUUCGGCGCCGACGAUGUCACCAACGGAGGAUGGAAACUGCUGAUUACUUGGACCGAACAUACCGGAAAAGACGCAGCCUCUCCAGAGUCGGGCUACGCACACAAAUCUGCAUAUGUUCAACUCGGCAUUGACUGA